CCAUACCCCUUAGUAUUUAUAAACCUCAUUGCCUUCUUGCUUGCAGCACCAUCACACAGGAUACAUAGCCUGUGUAUUCUAUCUACAUUUGCACUAAAAUGGCAACCUCAAGUUCACUUUGUAUGUUCUGGUUCUCAUUACUGGCAAUAUUCAGUAACGUUGCUCUCAAAGCGGAUGCUCGAGCAUUCUUCGUGUUUGGGGACUCAUUGGUCGACAAUGGCAACAACAACUACUUGGCUACAACUGCCCGUGCCGACAAUGUGCCAUAUGGAGUAGAUUAUCCCACUCGACGCCCCACUGGCCGUUUCUCCAACGGAUAUAACAUCCCAGACCUUAUCAGUCAAGCUAUAGGCGCAGAAGCAACAUUGCCGUACUUGAGUCCAAUGCUCACAGGUCAAAAUUUACUGGUUGGAGCAAACUUUGCUUCAGCUGGUGUUGGAAUACUCAAUGAUACAGGGGUCCAAUUCGUAAACAUCAUAAGGAUGCCACAGCAGCUGGCAUACUUGGAGCAAUAUAAACAAAGGGUGAGUGAGAUAAUUGGCCAGCAAGAGACUGAAAGGCUUAUAAGCCAAUCUUUAACCCUCAUGACACUUGGAGGCAAUGAUUUUGUAAACAACUACUAUUUGGUCCCUUUCUCUGCAAGAUCUAGACAAUUUGCACUAUCGGAUUAUGUCCCCUACAUUGUCUCUGAGUACCGCAAAAUUUUAAUGAGGCUAUACGAAUUGGGAUUACGUAGGGUUUUGGUCACUGGAACUGGCCCGUUAGGUUGCGUGCCUGCAGAACUAGCACAGCACAGCAGGAACGGUGAAUGCUCCGAGCAGUUGCAAAGAGCAGCGGGAUUGUUUAACCCUCAACUCCAAAACAUGCUAGACAGUCUCAACCAAGAAAUCGGGAGCCAUGUAUUUAUUGGUGUCAAUAUUCGUCAGUCAAGCAUCGACUUCAUUUCGGACCCAGAAAGAUAUGGAUUUGUUACGGCAAAGGUAGCAUGUUGUGGGCAAGGACCGUACAAUGGAAUUGGACUAUGCACACCGAGGUCGAAUUUGUGUCCUAACAGAGAUAUAUACGCGUUUUGGGAUCCUUUCCAUCCAUCAGAGAAAGCAAACCGAAUCAUCGUGCAGCAAAUUAUGACGGGCUCUACGGACUACAUUUCACCCAUGAACCUCAGCACAAUUAUGGCUUUGGAUGCUAUGGCGAAUGUUUAAUGUUACCAUUGAUUUCUUAAUGAAUUCAUGUUUCUAUACCAUUCAUCUAUUGCAUUUCAUAGAAUUGGUUGUCUAAGAUUUUAUUUUUAUUGUUGAUUUUGAGUUUGGUGUUGUGUGUCCAAUAUUUUCAAGGAUUACUAAAUGUGUUAUCUUAACUA